GAGAAGAAGAAGAAGAAGAAAAAGAUGCUGUCAUCUGUCGUCACCGUCAACCGGAGUGAAUGACAGGAGCGUGAGCAUGGAAUAUUUUGGAAACGUCCUAGUGUAACUUAUUCAGCUAUCUUUGUGGCGCUCUGUUCGGGUCGUCCAGGAUGAUGAUGGCGUCCCAGUGCACGGAACAAGCCGUGCAGGAGUUCCUGAUGGAGAGAGGAGGGAGGGUCCAACAGAUGGAGCUGAUUGAUCAUUUCCUAUCAGUGUCGGGUCAAAAUGACCAGUCAAAGGAAGUGGUGGAUCGUGAGGUGCUGAAACGCAUCGUGGACAACGUGGGUAUUGUGAAGGUGGAAAACGGCGUGACAUUUGUUUGUUUGAACACUGAAGGCAGCGCGGAGUCGGUGAUGCGUCCCAACACAGCCGACCACGAUCACGCGGAGUGCAACGGUAAUAUCCAGGAGACACUGGACAACAACUAUGUCAACGGCAACGCUGACAACAGAGACCAAACAGGAGCAUCCAGCUCAUUAGCUGCCAGCUUGGACAAUGACAAACAGUCAAAUGGCAAUGUGCAACCUGCAGCCCCCUCCCAGAAUAGUAAGACCAACACAUCGACUCCUACCUGUAGUGGAGGAGGGGAGGUGAAACUGAGAGAGAGGAGAAGGCGGGAGUCGGCGCCAGUCAUUGGGAUUGCAGAUUUGGGCCAUGCUCACUCUGCAGGGUUAAUCAGUCAGCAGGUGAGGGGGGCACGCAGGGUGUCCAAAGGAUCCCAACGGGCCAUGCUGACCAGCUGCCUAUCUGAAGACAGCACCUUGGAAGGCCUGGACCCAGAUAUCAACACACCCAAGGGAAGUCGCAGGAACUUCAUAGAGCUGAUGAUGAGUAGUUCUCCUCAGGUUCGGAGGUCUCUGAUCAACCGUGGUUCACGCCUCCGGGACUCGGUGAAGAGCGAUGGAGAUUCUGCAUCGCUCCUCUCCUCAGCCACUGAUGAAGACUGCACCUCAGUGACCCUGGACCCGCUGGAACACGAGUGGAUGCUGUGUGCCUCAGAUGGCCUGUGGGAAAGUCUGCAGCCCCUGCUGGUUGUGGAACCGAGCCUUGUGGCCAAGAGAGACUUUGUGACCGGCUUUACUUGCCUCCACUGGGUGGCGAAGCAGGGCAAAGCUGAGCUGCUCUCCCAGCUGCUGGCCUUUGCCAAGGAGAACACUAUACCUGUGAAUGUAAAUGUGAGAUCAAGUGCUGGAUAUACACCGCUACACCUGGCAGCCAUGCAUGGACACACACAGGUGGUCCGUGUGUUACUGUCAGACUGGGAGGCGGACCCUGAGGCUCGAGAUUACAGCGGCAGGCGAGCCAUCCAGUACCUGUCCCCGCCGCUGGCUGCUGACCUGCAGGAGGAGGGAGUGGUCACCUCACCGGUAGCUGAGUCGGACCACGGAAAUACUAACCGAGGCAGUGGCGGAGGGCGCGGCUGGCGGUUUCCCAGAGUCCUCCAGGGCAAUCUGAAUCCACUGCGGCUCCUGAACCCACCUGCUGAGACAGCGGAGGAGGGAGCUGUGACCGGGAAGACCAAGGGGGGAAUCCAGAGGAAGUCGUCUCUGAGCCGGCUGAACGCCCGGCUGCACCGAGGACGCCACCGAGCCCAGAUCAUCCACAGCGCCUCCUUCAGGGACACGGGGGAGGUGGGGAGAGGGGAGGAGCUCGCCAGCAGCCCUCUCCGAACCCGACCACUGUCCAACCUGUUUGGAUGAAGUUGCACAACUCUGAGCUACAAACCAGUUUGACAUGUGUUGAUUUACAAAAUACAGUUUACUCACCUUUUAUAAUCUGACAGGUCCGACUGUUUUACGGCCAAAUUAACAGUUUAACCUUUUUAUUAUUAUUAUAGGGUUUGAUAAACACAAAUAUAUGUUUCUCUAAAAAUUCAACCUAUUUAUGUUCCUAUUGCAGUUAUUAGGCUUAUGUUGAUCACUAAGGGCAGGUCACAGUUUAUGUAGCAUUUUAUUUACCACAAAGAUUAAUUGAGUUAAAACUGAACUACUGUUCUGUGAAUUGUUAUUUAACUUUCUUUUUUUGGGGGGG